CCCUUUUCCCUUUUUCGUUUCUUUUUUAACUCCUCCUCCUCCUCCAUUAAAACCCUAAUUAGAUCCUUCCCCCUUCCCAAGAUCGCGUUUUGAUAUCGAUCUCCUCUCCUCUCGUUUCAUCUGGAAGAAAAAUGUCUGAGCAUUCAGAAAAUGCGGCUGAAAAUAUUAUAAACAACAUCAUGGAAACCAUUGCCGAUAAAAUCCCCAGACAGAAAUCGGUGAGAUUUUCUGAGGAAGAAAACACGGUCACUGCUCAGAUGAAUAAGCUUUUCGGGCGCCAGAAGUCUGUCCAUAAGAUUUUGGGCGGCGGAAAACCUGCCGAUGUGUUAUUAUGGAGGAAUAAGAAGAUCUCAUCGAGCGUAUUGACUACUGCAACAGCUAUCUGGACCCUUUUUGAGUGGCUCGAUUAUCACUUUCUGACUCUUGUUUGCCUUGGGCUUGUUGUUGGAAUGCUUAUCCAGUUUGUUUGGUCCAAUGCUUCCGGCAUGUUAAACAGGUCUUCUGAGGUACCUCGCGUGCAAUUGCCCAAUGAACUGUUUGUAAACAUUGCUGUGUUUGCUGGUACCCAAAUCAAUAAACUUUUGGGAUAUCUUCAAGAUGUUGCAUGUGGAAGAAAUUUGAAACAGUUUCUGAUUGCCGUGGCAGGCUUGUGGGCUGCUGCCAUAAUUGGUAGCUGGUGCAAUUUUCUGACUGUUCUUUAUAUUGGAUUUAUUAGUGCUCACACUCUUCCAGUGCUUUAUGAGAAAUAUGAAGAUCAAGUCGAUGACUUCGUCUACAACCUUCUUGGACUACUACAGAGCCAAUAUCGCAAGCUGGACACGAGCGUGUUGAGCAAAAUACCAAAAGGAAAUCUCAAGUCGAAGAAGAAUGAGUAGAGAUUUGGCAAGCUAUUCUCCUUGUUUGCUUGGUGAUUAUUUUUGUGUGACCAAAUGUUAUUAUUCCUAUGUCUAAACAAAAUUGAACCUUACUUUCUGCGCUAUGACUGCUGCAGAUAUUUCCUGUGCAUAUUGUUGUGGCAAUUGAAGCUAUUUAUAUUGCUGCACUUGUUAUUUA